AUUUAUUCAGUCUCGUUGGCGAUAGUUUGGUCUCGGAAUUGAUUUCGUUUGUGUUAGGUUUUCUUUUUACUGUGUGUCUGAGUAGAGUUUUCAAUCAGGGUACCUUAUUUAUUUGGUUUUUAUUGAGAAAUGAAACUGUUUAUUAUUAUUAUAAUUAUUUUUAUUUUGUGGUAGAGAUGUUGAUGAAAAUGGUAAUAUCUGCGAUAUGGCUGAGAUUGGUGUUCAAUUUCUUUUCGGGUACUUUUUUUUUUUGGGGGAGGGCGUUUUAAUUCACUUUUGUAAAUAAUUUAUGCUGAGUUAUGCGCUUUAAUACGAUUUUGAAGUGUUGGAUGGAUGUAAUCGAAUUAAGUAGCAGUUUUGCUUGAAUGGGAUCAUUUGCGUUUGUUUUGUGCUUUUUUUUUUCUUCGGUCCCGCUUGUCAAUAUUGGUUUGAAGGCUACUUGGACCGGAUAUUAAGAUAAUGUAUUAUGCAAGCUCGUUAGCUUUUACUGUGUUGGGAAUUUGCUUCAGUGGCGAUCUAAGCAAUUGAUAUUUCACUUAGUUAUUUCUUUCUGCUGUAUUGCCAGUGAGCUCUGACUCAAAUGGUGCUUUAUCUCCAGCCUAAAAGGUUGGAGGGUCAUGUCAAGACCUGACCACAAAUAUAAACCAAAUUGGUAUUUUCAUCAAUGAUUUUAUUGUUCUUGCUCUGAUAUUUCUGGCCUGGUAUGGAAGUGGAGCAAUGUUUGUGGCUCGUGACGUAAAGACUUCAGGUGGAGAAGUAACAGCUAUUGAGGCGUGAAGUUUAAGGUUUUGUGUUACGAUUCAAUAGAAAGGAGAGAUGUCAAGUACUGUAGACACACACUGGUGCUACCAAUGCAGGCAGCGAGUCAGGCCUGUAGAGCGAGAAAUUGCUUGCCCCCGCUGUGAUGAAGGCUUUAUUGAGGAAUUGGUGCCAGAAGACCAUUCCCAUCAAACACCUGCAGAAGAUCCUUCUCAACAAAUACCCAAUAUGAUGGACUUUCUGUAUUCUCUGAUGAUGCAGAGGGAUUCUAACCCAAGAAUUGAUCCUGUGGAGGUUUUUGAUGCUAUUGCAAGCCUGAGAAUGGGUGGAAGAAAUCCUAACAUCAAUUUUAGAUUGAGAUCUGGUGAUCCUUAUUUGGUUUUAAAUCAUAGUCCUGGUUCAGCCUUCUCUAACGGCAGUCCAAGAAGUGGACCAAUAGAAGUUGAUCUUGGUGACUACAGUACUGAGCGACGUUUGCAAGAAUUAAUUGAACAGCUUUCUGCGAAUGAUCGACGGGGUCCACCCCCAGCACCUCGUUCUUCAAUUGAUGCAAUGCCCACUAUCAAGAUUACACAAGCACAUAUGCAUACUGACUCACACUGUCCUGUCUGUCAGGAUAGAUUUGACUUGGGCAGUGAAGCAAGAGAGAUGCCAUGUAAACAUUUCUAUCACUCUGAUUGUAUAGUUCCUUGGUUGGUUCAGCACAACUCAUGUCCUGUUUGCCGCCUUGAGAUACCUACUCAAGGGACUGAUACUGAUAGUGCUCGAGGUAAUCGAAGUAGUGGGGGAGAGAACAGUGGGGGCAGCAGCAGAGACUAUGGCAGCUCUGGCGGUGUUACUCUGAAUAGUCUGCAGAAUCAGGGAAGGAGGAAUCCGUGGUAUGUUAUGUGGCCAUUCCGCCCAUCAAGUUCAAACACCCAUCAUCAUGCUGAAUAUAGAGGAAGCCGCACCUCAUCCACUCGUGAACAGAAUAAUGAGAUGAGUUACUCUGGAUGGUCUUUUGAUUAUUAAGGCUUCAUUUUCUUUCAUUGUCAAGUUCACUUGGCAUACCAACAAAGCUAGUAAAUGGAGUGGGUGAAUUAGAUCUGGUUUUAGAGUUUGGUUUAUAUCAAAUUUUAAAAUGUGCUUGCAGUUUGAUUACGUUUCACUAUUUUGCAUACAAUAAGUGUUAGGUGCGAGUAGAACUGGUUUGAAUAAUUCAAUCUGUCAUUGAAAAGUAAUGUACAACUUCCAUAGGUACUUCUUGGCAUCUAAUUUUUUGCAAAUUGAAUUAGGUGCUUCCUAGCAUCUCUUUUAUAAAAGGAUGGCAGGUUUAUGAUUUC